ACGCAGCGCUGUCUGGAAGGACGGGACAGACACACGCCCGGGAGAUUUGUCAUCCCGCUGGUGAAUAACCGCAGAUAGAGAGAAGUGGAUUUCUGAUUUGAUCUUCUGUAGCCUUUUGGAAGUGGAGUGGACUUUGCUAUGCAUUUUUGGCAUGCAAUAUGCAUUGAGGUCUUGGUAAUGGACACAGGUGCAAAUCCAUUGGAAAAGGCAGCAGCAACAAUGCAGUAGUCACCAGCAGUCCCAUGACAGUUCAGCAGCUGCGACUUCCUUCACCUUCAGUGAAUCAGCUUUCAACAGCAUGCAGCCAGAUCAACCCUAGCUCACAGAGGUCUAUGGAUGCUUCUAGCCUCAGUGCUUCUCCAUCUGAUACAAGGUCGCUCUUGUCAUGUGGGUCUCUGGCCUCUACAACAUUAAGCUUGUCAGAAGGUCACUGUCCUUUGAGUGUUGAACAAGAGUGGUCACAUAGGUACAGGACACUUUAUUCUGUUCCACCUGACCACGGUUUACAAAAUGACAGUGAGCUGGGGGACUUAAUAAAUUUUUCGCCUGAAGCAUCUAUGUCUAGUAACUCAUUACCAUCCUACUUACAUGGCAUGAAAAAUAAGAAUUCCCCUUACUCUAGUCCUUACCAGUCCUCAACCUGGUCUCAAUCAGCCCGGUCCAAAAAGAGAGCACUCUCUCUGUCUCCUCUGUCUGACGGCAUCGGGAUCGAGUUCAAUACCAUCAUUCGUACGUGCCCAACUUCUCUGGUGGCCUACAUCAACAGCUCCAGGGCAUCGCCAGCAAACCUCUCCCCACAGCCUGAGGUCUAUGGGCAUUUUCUGGGAGUGAGAGGAAGCUGUAUGCCCCAAAGCUGUUCUGUUUCAACUGCCCAGAAAGGCUUCUACAUGGCGAAUGGCAGUGUCCCUUUUCCAGGGUAUGUUGAGAAUGGCACAGGUGAGUACCAUCGGAUGCAGCAGCUCGAGCAAACCAGCUUGCAGAUGGUUGCCACAAAUAACAUGGUGAUCCAGCAGGGUGUGCUGCCCGUGGACAGCCAGGUGAUGGACAUCCUGAAAAAUGAGCAGCUGGAUGACUUCUCAGGCCCAGUUGUUGACAUGCCCCUUUCCCCGCUGGCGCUGCCACCAGCUGCUCCGCAGGGGCCACCCCCGCCAUACCACGCUCACCAGCACAGCCUCCCCAGCUGCCUCCAGCCGCUGCAGCCACCUCCUGCCCUGCUGGAGGAAGAUGGGGAGCUGGACGAUUUCAAUGGCAAGCACGGCUGCUGCUGGGUUGACUGUGGGAAACUGUACGACCAUCGAGAGGAGCUCGUGCGGCACAUAGAGAAGAGCCACAUAGACCAGAGGAAGGGAGAGGACUUCACCUGCUUCUGGGCUGGGUGCCCUCGAAGGUUCAAGCCAUUUAAUGCCCGCUACAAACUUCUGAUUCACAUGAGAGUCCACUCAGGAGAGAAACCGAACAAAUGCACAUUUGAGGGUUGCAAGAAAGCCUUUUCCAGACUAGAAAAUCUCAAGAUUCACUUAAGGAGUCAUACGGGUGAGAAACCGUACCUUUGCCAGCACCCUGGCUGCCAGAAAGCGUUCAGCAACUCCAGCGACCGUGCCAAGCACCAGAGGACACACUUGGACACUAAACCUUAUGCAUGUGAGAUUCCAGGAUGUACUAAGCGAUACACAGAUCCAAGUUCCCUGAGAAAACAUGUGAAAGCCCAUUCUUCCAAAGAUCAACAAGUCAGGAAAAAGUUGCGAUCAAGCUCAGAGAUUGGCCAGGACAUCCUGAAUGACUGCCUUGCAAUCCAGACCCUUCAGCCUGCCCUGUCACCACAUGAUGGUGUAGAUAAUACCAUGGGACACUCCCCAGGGCCUGUUUGUGAUAUUUACCCAGCAGCUAUGAUCCCCAGCACACAGAUAAAUCAAAAUGGAGCAGCAGCGGGGGCAGUGUCCUUGUCCCACCCCAGCAGCCACUCUUCCCCAGGACACAACAUACAGGGCAGUCCUCUGCAUCCUCCCCAGAUGCCUCUUCUCACAGCUGCAGACUCAGAGAGGUUUGUUGCUCCAGCUCCUUCUCCUCACCACAUCAGCCCCCAGAGAAUGUCCAUUCAACAACCCAUGAUGCAGAGACAGACUCCACAACCUCCUCAGCUUCCACAGCUUGCAGGGAUGCCUCUGAAGACAUACCAGCCAGCAGAAAGCCCUUCUUUUCAGCCAAAUGCCCUUCACAUCCAGGGUUUUUAUGGGCAGCUUCAGACUUUCUGCCCUCCGCAUUAUGCUGACCCUCAGAAGAACAUACAACACAGUGUUUCUUGUGAUAUGGUUCCUCCAGUUGACUGCUCAGCUCUCACAUCAGUGGGCCAGGCAGGGCUUGGCAUUUUCCAUCAAAGUUUUUCAGAUCAUUCUGGUAUCAAAGUGUAUGACUUUCCAGCAGGGUCUGUAGGUAUUUUUGGUGAUGCAGCUUACAGCAUGCCAGACCACAGCAGUUUCCUACAAGUAAAUGCAGUGGAUCAUUGUUCCAGCCAGCUUUCUUCUGUAUAUACUGAAGGUUAAAGUAAUGCAUAUCUAGUUACAAGAACUUGAUUAUGUUUCAUCUUGCCCUUCUUUUAUUUCCCUACAAAUUUCUUCUCUUCAUGAAACUACCAUGUAUGUAUGGGGAUAUGACUAAAUAUACAUACAUAAUGGAGAGGAACUGCAAGCAGCCAACUGAGAAGGAGAAUGUUUGGAUGAAGCAAGCUUUGCCAAAACCUUAGCAAUUGUUUCUUUUCUUCUCAUCUGUGGUACACCAACAAUACUUUUAAAAUUAUUCCUUAUUUUAAUUUCUCAAAGGGAAUUCAGAGACCAAAUAAGAAAACUGGUUGUUGGCUAUAAUCCUUUCAAGCUGAAUGGGUGCACUUACAGAAGAACACAGCUUUAGAAAAUUACUUUAUCAAAACAGGAAAAGAAGCAAAACCAGAGCAUACUACAAACAGUUCAAAGGCAUACAGUUUUUGCACACUGUGUCUGCGUGUGAUAUUUCCAAAGUUUAACACACACACCAGUAUCCAGAAGGGAGAGAAAUUUGACAUAUAUGUUGACACUACCUAUUGGAGGCAUUGGUGUGGCUUCUUUUUGGAUCAAACGUUGUUGGUAGAGGAUUUCUUACAGUCCUCAGGUUAGGUGUUCUUUCCUUCCCUCUUUAUUUUAUGCCAUACAGUAUGGCUACUACUGUUUUCCCAAUACUCAUUCUGACCGUUUAAGCAUUAAUAAGAAGGUUUAAAUACACAAGAAGUUAUGUGGACUUUGUCUCUAUUUAGCACAUCUACCCAGUAAGCAUAAACACAUUUUAACUUUCAGUUGCUUUUUAAUUAGAUUGUCGAGCAUUGUUGCUGUAUGUGCUAUAGUCUUCUGCAGGAAGGUUUAAAAUAUUUUGUAGGAAAGAUUCUUCCUUGAAUUCCACCUAUUUUUUUAAAAAGCUAUCUGUACUGAUUCAAUUAAUUUUUGGUUGUCCUAAUCUUUUUCCGUAACACAUUUUCAGAAAGAAGAACUACUCUUAAGUGUACUAUGUUUUCUCUGGUUAUUUAGAAAGAUAAAACUGGGCUGGUUUGGUGGUUUUGAUUUUUCUGAUCAAUGUCAGGCUCAAGGUUCUCAAAUUUAGUCCAGGAUGCAAGAAAAUUAGGUUGUCCUUCAUGAAACGUACAAGGUUAUGAGUUAAAGCCAGUAUUUUGCAGUAGAGAUGUCAUCACUGUGAUCCUGUAUACUUUGAGAACAAUUCUUACUUUAGUAAGACUGAGUUUUUAGUUUUAAUUCCUGUCCAUCCAUUUUGUGGACUUGUUACUGUGCAGUGUACAUCUUAAUAUUCUCAUGACCUGAUUGAGUAAGGACAGAAAAGUUCAUUCUUGCAGGCUGGACCAUUACUAUGCUUCUGAAAUCACUCUUCUAAAAAGAUAAACUUUAAAAAAAAAAAGGUUUAUACAAACUCUCUUGUUUUCCUGGCAAGCUUUUGAGAAUUGUUAACUCCACUUUGGCUCAAAUUUAAUCUGAAAUUAUGUGGAUGAAUUUAUGUCCAGAUGUUUGUGAACACUGGCAAUGUUUUGAUGUUUGUAUUCAUUAAGUAUAUUCUUAUGUGCAGUCAUGUGCUUAAAUAUUUAAUGGAGAGAUUUUCAUCCGAUACAUAGAAUAUAUGAAUAACCACAUACACGUAAUAAAGUACAACAAGAAGUAAAGUGACUAAAAUACA